AUGCAAGACCCCACUGCUCCCAAUGUACUAGUGAGCCAGGGAAGUGCGUCUAUCCUGAAAGUGGUAAAAGAGCAGCGCCUCGCUGAGACAGAGUCAGCCCUGUAUGGGGCUCUUGUGACACUCCGCGCCAUGCAGCCCGCGACUGUAGCCCAGGUAUCGGCCAAGCCGGACUCGACCCAGAAGCAAAAAGCUGCGCGCAUGGAUGAAUGGUCUCAAUUGCCACUCCGAGGAUGGUCAGAUAUGGAACAUUGGAUGAUCUCCAUGUCCGACCAUUUCACGAUUGAACAACCCCAGAGUAUCGCUUUGCCCGGGUCGGGGUCUCAGGUGUCGGUCUCUCCGGGUCAAGCAGUGGAUAACGAGACGUAUAGUCCGGGGAUGGCGGUGGAAGUACCCGGCCCAUCAACCUAUGGCUGGCAGUCGAGAGAAGAUAUCAACAUGAACAGCCCAUAUGAGACCCACCUCCAUCCCCCAGCUAUGAUGUCUUCACCUGUAUAUUCGCGACAUCAGGGCGUGGGCGGAUCGGAGGGUAUGGCUUCUCCUGCCGAUGGGAUCUCGGAACAUGCCCCAGCCGGACCAGCUGGCCGAAGUGAAAACAGAGCCAAGGCAAACCAUGCUGAUAGAGCAGAAGAUCUGUCAAAAAAUAACCCCUGUAUAUACUUUUAA